UCACAUAUAAACCCCCCCAUGACUGCCUGCUGAUCGGCAUUCGAACCAAACAAUUAGCCAACAGGAUGAGUCUCACAGCCAAGGACAAGGACACUGUCAAGGCCUUCUGGGGCAAAGUGUCUGCCAAGGCGGAAGACAUUGGCCAGGAUGCUCUGUCCAGGAUGCUGGUCGUCUACCCUCAGACUAAGACCUACUUCGCCCACUGGCAGGACCUGAGCCCUGGCUCUGCCCCGGUGAAGAAGCACGGAGCUACGAUCAUGGCUGGAGUUGGUGAUGCCGUGUCCAAAAUCGAUGAUCUGACCGCAGGUCUCCUGAACCUCAGCGAGCUGCACGCCUUCACUCUGAGAGUGGAUCCUGCUAACUUCAAGAUCCUUGCCCACAACAUCCUUGUGGUCUUGGCCAUCAGGCUGCCCAGUGACUUCACCCCUGAGGUCCACGUGGCUAUCGACAAAUUCCUGGCUGCUGUGGCUCGUGCCCUGUCUGAGAAAUACAGAUAAACAGCCAGGAGGAGCAGAUGAGAGACAGGCUCAGGCCAAAACCCUCUCUGUCAGCCUCAAUGUCAAUAAAAGAUCAAACACA